AUGGCCGCCUUAGACGGUCCCGAGACGGCCCACGCAACCGCCGGUCAGGACGGCGACGAGAAGCAGCCCACAGCCACCACCGCCGCCGCCGCCGCCGCCGUGUCCCGGAAAGCCUCGGGCUCGUCCUCCGGUCCGGAUCAACCGCGCGGGCUCCAGGCCCUCCCCCCGGCGGCCGGCGGCGAUGAAAACACGGCCCUGGACCCGCGGGAAGAGCGGCGGCUGCUGCUCAAGCUCGACGCCUUCUUCGUGCCCAUCAUGAUGCUGCUGUACCUCAGCUGCUUCCUCGACCGCGCCAACAUCGGCAACGUGCGCGUCGCCGGCAUGCCCGAGGCCAUCGGCGCGACGCCGCACCAGUUCUCCAUCGCCGUGUCCAUCUUCUACGCCACCUACGUCGCCUUCGAGCCGCCCUGGACCGUCAUGAUGCGCCGCCUGACGCCGCGCCUGCUCAUCACGGGCCUCUGCGUCGUCUGGUCCGUCGCCACGGCGCUGACCGCCUGCGUCGGCUCCGUCGCCGGCCUGUACGCCGUGCGCCUCGUCCUCGGCGCCACCGAGGCCGGCCUGUUCCCGGCCCUCAACCUGUACCUGACCAUGGUCUACAAGCGCGACGAGCAGGCCACGCGCGUCUCCUACCUCUUCGUCUGCGCCGCCGUCGCCGGCGCCUUUGGCGGCCUGCUCGCCUACUCCAUCCUCAAGAUGGACGGCGUCGCCGGCCUGCCGGGCUGGCGCUGGGUCUUCCUGCUCGAGGGCCUCGUCAGCCUCCUCGUCGCCCCCGUCGUCUGGUUCGGCCUGCCCAACGACCCGUGCGAGGCCUACUUCCUCGACGCCCGCGAGCGCGCCAUGAUGCGCGUGCGCACCGCCCAGCGCGCCCGCUACAUGGGCGCCGACGCCUUCGCCUGGCACGAGGUGGCCGUCGCCCUGCGCGACCCCAAGCUCUACCUCAGCGCCGCCAUCCAGUUCUGCCAGGACGUGCUGCUCUACGGCUUCAGCACCUUCCUGCCCUCCAUCAUCGUCAGCAUGGGCUACUCGCCCAUCCAGGCCCAGUACCUGAGCAUCCCCGUCUACCUCUUCGGCGGCCUCGCCUUCCUCUGCCUCGCCUUUCUCUCGGACCGCACGCGCCUCCGCGGGCCCUUUGUCUUCCUCGCCAACGUCCCCGGCAUCGUCGGCUACCUCCUCAUCAUCUGCUCAACCUCCAGCCCCGUCAAGUUCUUCGCCACCUUCCUCUGCGCCGUCGCCGUCUUCACCGGGCCCGGCCUCAACCUCACCCUGCUCAACGUCAACGUCGCGCCCCAUUACCGCCGCGCCACCGCCAUCGGCGUCCAGUUGAGCAUCGCCAACUCGGCCGGCAUCCUCGCCGGCCAAGUCUACCUCAAGCCCCCGUACCUCCUCGGCAACUCCGUCUCCGUCGCCGCCCUCGGCUUGUCGCAGAUCUUCAUCGUCCUCAACUGGCUCUACCUGCGCCGCUGCAACCGCCAAAAGGCCCGCAUUGCCCGUGGCCACGUCAGGGACCAGCGAAAGGUUCGCACCGGUGAUCGGGAACUGGAUUUCAAAUACCAUCUGUAG